CCAUAUAGUCAACACCUCGUCCCCGUCUACAUCUUCAUUUGUUCAUCACCUCACUCUCUCCAACUCAAUAUCCUCACUUUCUCUAUUCCAAUGGCGCAAAACGGUAAACGCCCAUUAAAAAUCAUAGCAGGCGCCGAUCCAUUAGGUUCCACACUAAAAGACGCUUUAGUUUCUCAUCUGAAAUCCCUUCAGAUCGAUGUCGAAGACAUCGGAACCAACAAAUAUUAUUCAGUGGGUGAGGAGGUCGGUCGCCGAGUUAUCUCAGAAGCCGAUUCAACCACCACUGAAACUCGUGGACUCGUCGCUUGCGGCACCGGAGUUGGUGUUGCGAUAUUCGCAAACAAAUUUCCUGGUGUUUACUCUGCCACCUGCACCACCACUGAUGAUGCCUUGAAUUCAAGAUCGAUUAACAACUGUAACGUUCUUGCAGUUUCUGGUGCUUCCACUUCACCAGAUUUAGGGAUCAAAAUUCUUGAAAUUUGGCUUGAUACUCCAUUCAAAUCACCUUGUCCUGCUUCUGGGAACAAUCCAUGGUCAUCCGACUUUCAAUCAUUCUUUGACGAAUCCAUUGGCGAAAUGUCGAAAAUCGGAUUGGAAAAGAAAGAAGAGGAAUUGGGCGAUUGUUCGAUAUGUUGUUUGGCGAAAAAUAGAGAAUUUACAGAGAUUGAUAUAAUGCCUGGUGGAAUGAUGAAGAUAGUAAGAGAAAGUCCAACUUCGGCUAUUGUUAAAUUUAAAGGAGGAAGCAUAGAACCAGCUCAUCAUCAUACUUUUGGACAUGAUGUAGUUGUAAUGACAGGAAGUAAAAGGGUGUGGAAUCUGAGUAAGAAAGAGAAGUGUAGUUUGGGUGUUGGUGAUUAUUUGUUUACUCCUGCUGGUGAUGUUCAUAGAGUUGAGUACUUGGAAGAUACUGAGUUUUUUAUUAAGUGGGAUGGGCAAUGGGAUAUUUUCUUAGAUGAAGAUCUCGAUCUUGCUAAAUGUGCGAUUGAGAAAGAUGAAUUUUGAGCGCCUUAUGGUUCGGGUCUUGUUGUACUUGUUCCUGUUGUUUCUGUGGUACUUGUGGUUUUUAAAAAGUUUUAGGGUCUGUUUAUGUUGAAUUUGAAAGAUUGUUGAAUAAAAAGUGAUUUGGCUUCUUUUAAAUAUA